CUAACAUUUAAAGUUAAACAAUCAUUAUUCAAAUGGCUGCUCUUUCUUUCUCUACAUCGCCUACCCUAUUGCACAAUUGCACCUCUCGUACUCCACCGACUGGUAAAAUCACUCCAAAAUCCGUUCCUUACUUACCCAGCACAUUCAAAAACAGCAAAUUAUUUGAUACUUACAAAAUCAUUGAAACCCAGUCGAAGAAAUGGAGAAUAGGGUUUUCUUUAUUUCCAUAUCUCUUGAUCAAAGACAGAGAGAGCCUGAAGAAGGAGCUUCUUGAGGCUAUUGCUCCACUCGACCGCGGUGCAGCGGCUUCUCCUGAGGACCAGCAGCGUAUCGAUCAGAUUGCACGUGAACUGGAGGCAGUUAACACAGUGAAGCAACCGCUCAAAUCAAGUCUUCUAAACGGGAAAUGGGAGCUUUUAUAUACAACUUCUACAGCAAUUUUAAAAACAGAGAGGCCGAAAUUUUUAAGGCCAAAUGGAAAAAUCUACCAGGCAAUUAACGCAGAUGCAUUGAGGGCACAAAAUUUGGAAACUUGGCCAUUUUUCAAUCAGGCAACAGCUAAUUUGGUUCCUUUAAAUGAAAGUAGAGUGGCUGUCAAGUUUGAUGCUUUCAAGAUUGCAGCUCUGAUACCUAUCAAAUCUCGUGGAAGUGGUCGAGGUCAACUGGAAAUUACAUAUUUGGAUGAAGAGUUACGGAUAUCAAGAGGCAACCAAGGGAACUUGUUUAUUUUGAAAAUGGUUGAUCCAACAUAUAGUGUACCUCUUUAACUGGCAUCAAUUAAUUCCUUACAAAUGUUCAGUUUUUUCAUGGCUCUGCUAAUGGGAUCAUUGACAUUGCCAGUCUUGGCACUGUUGCAACGGCCUGGCAAACCCAACUAAUGAUAUUCCAAAUAUGUGAAGAGUUUCUAUAUAAAAGAAGACUUAUUUGGCUCAA